AUGACUAGUCGAUCUUUGGAAGACAUAACAGAUGAUGGAAUCCUUACGGUUAACAUUAAUGGCGUUGAAGAAUACGUUGGUAUUCUUGAGCUCUCAGGAACGCCCGAGGAUACUGUCGAUAUUAGAUUGGUCCACGGAAACCCUGAGAAUCUCCUGUUCGAUUUCAUCAUUUGUGAGAAUGUCAAAACAACGGAUGGAGAGUGCGAAUAUACAGUAGACGGGAAAAUCAAGUCUGGCAAUGAUUAUUCAAUUGCCAUUGGAAAAGAUUCUUCAAAGUAUACGUAUUCGGAUGAAUUUACUAUCAUCGCAAAUGGACCCCUUCCCGAAAUUUCUGGAUGUCCAAAUAUGGGUGGCAAUAAAUGCACGAACGAUCUGCCAUGCUGCAGCGCAGCGGGCUAUUGCGGUAACAGUGAUGCUGAUUGCGGCUCAGGAUGCGAUGCAAAAUACAGUUUCAACAAUCAAUGCGAGAAGACUCCAGCUACCGCGGACUCUCAACUAGUUUUAUCAGACAAUGAAUUUAGACUGGUUAACUUGCCCGAUGGAACGACAUGCCCAAGUUUUAAACCAUGCUAUGUAAGGAACACAUGCAAGGCUUCGAAAGUCGCGUGUGCUUCUAACUGUAUAGCUUCCAAAUCUUAUCUCGGCACAUGCAACCAUUCUUCUACUUUCACUAAGCGACGCUUUGCAAUAAAGGGAAGACUUCGACUAAGGAGACCAAAAGUCUUGCAUAGGAAUGAGAAAUUUACAGGUGAUCCUAGCGAUUUGACAGGCGACGGUAACAACCCUCCCAAAGCUUCCAGUAAUAAAAAUAACACAACUCCCAGUCCUGAUAAAAGUACAACGACUCCCAGUCCUAAAAAAAGUACAACGACUCCCAGUCCUGAUAAAAGUACAACGACUCCCAGUCCUAAAGACGGUACCGUGUCAAUAUGUGACACAAACGAUUGCAGUGCCCAGAGCGCAGGACCCAAGAAAAGCUCCUCCACUAAGCCAACUCCAACGCCAAAAGGGAGCAAGAGCAAAGCCGCUGCAAACCCCGGUCCCAAGAUCAAAUUGCCCACAAAAAGCGCCUCCACUAAGCCAACUCCAACGCCAAAAGGGAGCAAGAGCAAGGCCGAUGCAAAACCCAGUCCCAAGAUCAAAUUACCCACAAAAAGUGCCUCCACUAAACCAACUCCAACGCCAAAAGGGAGCAAGAGCAAAGCUGCUGCAAAACCCCGUCCCAAUACCAAGUUUCCCACAAAACCCUCCACUAAGCCAACUCCAACGCCAAAAGGGAGCAAGAGCAAAGCCGCUGCAAAACCCCGUCCCAAUACCAAGUUUCCCACAAAACCCUCCACUAAGCCAACUCCAAAAGGGAGCAAGAGCAAAGUCGCUGUAAAAAGCCCCAAACCCACUCACGACCCCAACAGACCUCUCAAAGUCUUGCCACCGUGUGACAAAAAACACCAUUGCAAAGUUGCUAAGCCCAAGAGCAAGACUAAGCCAACUGAAAAACCAAAUGGCAAAAAACCUGUAAAGUCCAACGACAAACAAACUGCUAAACCAAAUACCCCGCCUGUAAAACCGAAGAAUAAGCUUGGCCUCAAACCCAACGAAACUUACAAGCCUCCCACCGACAGUCAAGACACAGCUACUGCCACUGAUACCGAGUCACCAGCACCUAAAAAGAUUUCUGCUGACAGUCAAGAUACGUCCACUGAUACGGAGUCACCAACGCCUACCAAGAAUCCUUCUGACGGUGAAGCUACAUCUACUAAAGACACAGCCACUGCCACCGAUACCGAGUCGCCAGUACCUAAAAAGAUUUCUGCUGACAGUCAAGAUACGUCCACUGAUACGGAGUCACCAACGCCUACCAAGAAUCCUUCUGACGGUGAAGCUACAUCUACUAAAGACACAGCCACUGCCACCGAUACCGAGUCACCAGCGCCUAAAAAGAUUUCUGCUGACAGUCAAGAUACGUCCACUGAUACGGAGUCACCAACGCCUACCAAGAAUUCUUCUGACGGCGAAGCUACAUCUACUAAAGAUGCGGCUACUGCCACAGAUACUGAGUCACCAGCGCCUACCAAGAAUUCUACUGACAGUAAGUCUACGUCUACUGAAGACACGGCUACUGCCACUGAUACUGCGUCAUCAUCGCCUACAAAGACUUCUACUGACAGUCAAGACACGUCUACAAAAACCUCUACUGCCACGUCUACAGAUCCCAAUGGAGACAAUUCAUCUAUUAACAGUUAA